AUGGACACCGAGUACGUCAACCACCUCGCCCGAUCGCCGCCGCGAUCCGACGGCGCGCGCCUCUUUUCGCCGCGCGGGGUUUUCUUUUCCUCCUCUUUGGCGAUUUUUAUUUUUUCCUUGAAGGAUGAUGAUCGCCUCGGGCUGUCGGCUCCUGCAGUACCGCGCCUUGCUGCAGGGGAGCUCCUCGUCGUGGUGCACGGCGGACGCGUCGUCGUGGGGAGCCGCGCGCAGCGGCAGGCGCGCCAGCGAUGCCGAGUCACCUCCCGCUUCGUUUCGCUUUCCGUUCCCCAGUUCCCCCUUCCGGAGCUGGGUUCUUCAAGUGAUCAAGUUGGUUCCAGCUCAAGUAGUUCUCUGAAAAUAUCAGAACCAGAACCACAACAAAUCCAAGAAGAUGAAGAAGAAGAAGAUUACUACAUGGAGGAGGAUUGUGAUGAUGACGACGAUGGCUAUGACGAAGAUGAUUAUGACUUUGAUGAAGCUGACUUUAACCAGCACCUUGCUGAUAAAUUUGAUGAUUUGGAUCUUCCUCCAGGCGUGGAGGCCACCGUACCAUGGUUGCAGAAAAUUGCACCCAAGGAAGAAGCCAAGGAGGGAAGAAGCCAAGGAGCUGAUAAAUCGUCAGCGAAUCCGCCGCGCAAGCCUUCUCUUCCGAUCGAUCGAACGCCGACCCCGAGCAAGGCGAUCGCGCGGCGGCUCACCUUCCGCGCCGCCCGCCGCCCGCCGCCCGCCACGGACGACAUGGACACCGAGUACCGCGCCUUGCAGCAGGGGAGCUCCUCGUCGUGGUGCACGGCGGACGCGUCGUCGUGGGGAGCCGAGCAGCAGCAGAAGCGCCAGCGAUGCCAGGGUUCUUCAAGUGAUCAAGUUGGUUCCAGCUCAAGUAGUUCUCUGAAAAUAUCAGAACCAGAACCACAACAAAUCCAAGAAGAUGAAGAAGAAGAAGAUUACUACAUGGAGGAGGAUUGUGAUGAUGACGACGAUGGCUAUGACGAAGAUGAUUAUGACUUUGAUGAAGCUGACUUUAACCAGCACCUUGCUGAUAAAUUUGAUGAUUUGGAUCUUCCUCCAGGCGUGGAGGCCACCGUACCAUGGUUGCAGAAAAUUGCACCCAAGGAAGAAGCCAAGGAGCCACCUAAAUCAAAUACUGCAGAUGAGAAUGCAAAUAAAUUUACGCAGUUCAAGCAGUUCGACACUGUUCAGAAUUUCUCUGACCAUCACUAUGCUAAGAAUUCUCAUGGAGAGCCAAACAGAGCCUGGUCAAAGAGAGUUCAACAUGACUGGAAACUUUUGGAGAAGGAUCUACCAGCAUAUAUAUAUGUCCGGGUUGCUGAAGAUAGAAUGGAUCUUCUUAGGGCUGCGAUUAUUGGGCCCAAGGGAACACCAUACCAUGAUGGGCUUUUCUUCUUUGAUGUUCACAUGCCCCCUACGUAUCCUUCUGGCCCUCCGGUGGUAUAUUACCACUCUGGAGGACUUCUGAUUAAUCCAAACUUGUAUGAGAAUGGAAAAGUGUGUCUUAGCCUGUUGGGUACCUGGAGUGGUAGAGGUUGUGAGAACUGGAAUCCAGCUCAAUCAACAAUGCUGCAAGUUCUUGUCUCCAUUCAAGCUCUCAUUUUGAAUGAUAAGCCAUAUUACAACGAGCCAGGAUAUGAGUCCUAUGCCAACGAUCCGCAGGGACAGCGGUCGGCUUUGGACUAUAAUGACAAGACCUUUCUGUACUCAUGCAGGACUAUGUUAUACUCACUUCGGAGGCCUCCAGAGACCUUGUCGCUGGCCACUUCCGGGGUGCAUGGGCACAUUAUUCUCGCAGCAUGCAAGCACUACAUGGCGGGUAAUGAUAUUGGCUCAGUAGUGCCAGAGGACGAGGAAGAGUCAGAAUACAAAAGCGGUGAUGCGGGAGCAUCCAGCAGUAGCAGCAGUGCACCAAAGCCAAAGCCAGGAGUUAUCAAGGCAAUCCCUCCAAACAGACGCAGCUCAUGCUCAUUCAAUCCGAGCUUGAAGGUACUGUACGAAGAUCUUCUGAUGGAAUUCAAUGUCAAGGGUGCGGACACGAGGAAGUUCAUUGUCGAGAAGUUAAAGAAGAAACAACCUGCAGCCACCUGA